UAAGAGCCGAGUUGCGCCCGCGGUCGCCAUGCCAUGCGGCGGUCUCGCGAUUGACAGGCUCGUUUGCGCGGUCGAGCGCGGCUCCUUCGUCGACGAGGGAGGAAAAACGGUCGUGGACGUCGCCGACGCGCGCCGACGGACGGCGUCGCGACGCCGUGGUGCCGCGUAAGUGGGUGUGUCGUUGCUGCGUACGUCCGCCGUGAAUCUCCUGUGGCGAUACAACGGCGCCCGCUCCCGCGCCUUGACGACCGUUGGCGGUCGAGGAGGUUCGAACAUGACGUCGGUCGAGCAACGCGAGGGAGGACACGAUAAUCCGGCGGAGCACCUCUCCUCCUUGGCUACGACGCAGUAUUGCCGCGAACUCGGCGAUACAUCGAUGAGAAGUAGCGAAGCGUUACAUCCUAAACCAACUAUGUACGUCUUAGAAACAAUGUCCGCUUCCGCCGGAAAUCCGAAGGAAGGAUCAUCGCCCGAUUCCGAGACGAGUUUACCCCUCGCAACUCUCGCCGUAGAAGAUACGAUUUACAGGGGAGAAGGAAACGCGAAUAUCGUUAUCGCCCUGCCACACGAGCACACGGUAAUACGAUUCCGGAAGUCGUUACCGGGCGAGGUUUCACCGGAUGGCGGUAGAACACGCGUGCAGCGAGAGGUGGGGUACGCCAGGAACGUGGUUUCCUGUUUUUUGGGCUCUUACGUGCAGAUCCCCGAAAUUGUUCGUUGCGACGGGGCCGAUAUAGCCAAAUUGUCGGACACCAUCCGCCCUCAUCGACCAGAGGCACGCCGGCACCACGACAUCACGGACACGUACGCUAUGAAGUUCCCGGAUUAUACGUUUUUGGACCGGCAAUUGGAGCUCGAUCAAACCGUCUUCCGAAGCCGUUCGACCUUCUGCGUGGAGAUAAAGCCGAAGCAGGGAUACCUGGAAGAGGCGGAGCAGAGAUUUCCAGGAUGUCCGUAUUGUCUCAAUCAAUACGCCAAGCUGCGACGAAAAAGCAUCGUUGCCUGUAGCAAUUAUUGCCCGUUCGAUCUGUUCUCCGGGGUGGAAACGCGCAUGAAAGCCGCUGUAGUGGAGCUUUUGAGGUCACCGCAGAACAAUUUGAAGAUCUUCAAAGAUGGCUUCGUCGUCUACGAUCAGACGUCCUCGUCCAACGAUCUCGAGAGCGUGCUGGAGGAAUGGUUUCGGAAUGCGGCGACGAAGAACCGCGUUGACGAGUUCUGCAAUUUGGUGUGCGCUGCCCUUACGCGACCUAUCGCCCAAGAACAGCUGAAACCGCCGGUCACUUCACGUAAAUUUCCCGCGAAUCAGGUUUCGACAUUUUGUGCCACUCCGAAUGUGGUAGCGAAAGCUGAAUGGUGUCUUCAACUCGCGGGAAAAAAAUGCAAUUUUAAUGGCAGCGACUUACCGAAAAACUCGGUGCUGGAGCGAAUCUGGAAUAUGCAGCGACUGUCUUUCGUGAACACCAAUUAUAUUUACAGUAUUUACUCCAAGUUUGCAUCGUUACUGAAUGACGAUAUGAUAUACUCAAACUUGACCAAAUUGAAUAAGACUUGUAAUGUCUUUCGCGCUUUACGGGAUAAAUCAAUGAAUACAAUCGUUCAGAUGAUGCAGACCACGAAGGAGAUAGAUUGUCAAAUACUUAAGAGCAGUAUUACACAAGAAUACGAUGACGAUUUCAAUGGAUUUUAUUAUGAUGUCAGUUUAGAGUCUAUUCUAUCUACUAAUACCGACGAAAUGCUUGUGAACGGUGAUCUUAUAUCGCAAACAGAAAUUAAUCCCAAUCCAGAUUCGCGCCAAUCAUUUUAUGGAAACAAGAGAGUCAGCAACGAUGAUGACGAGCGAAAGGCAAAUGUACAGAUUACUGCCGAACAUUUGUCAGCGUUACAAAAUUACCUUUUAUUUGUCACGGCCAGAGAUUGCUCCAUAUUAAUGACCUUCCGCGAAUUGCAUCCGGAAGACGCAUCAAGAGUGCCUGUGGCAAAUACAUUCAAGCUUUCGGAGCAACAUUACUUUUUAAGUAGCGUCAAAGUUUCAGAUUUAGAUUCAAAAAGCGUUCAUUCCAUCAAAAAGCAUCAACAACGAGAUGUGAAUAUUUUUGAUUCUGUGAUUUCUUUGCUAGAAGAAGAGAUUCUUUUUACUAGAUAAUUGCUCAGGAGAGAAAAGCGAUGCUAAUGUAACGAUACUGUAUUUAUACGAUAAGGCAUCUAUUUAGAACAAAGCAAGUGUGCGUGUGUAUACUUAAUUGAUGAUACGCUUACCGAUUAUGAGGCAUACCGUUUCUUAUACUGAUAUAUUUUUAUGGCAUUCGUAAGAAGGAUAUUGAUGUUAUCAUUCAUCAAUCAGUGUGUUAAAUUAAACAUUUCGCUUCCGCGUGCUUAAUAUACUAGAUUAUGUGUGCAUAUGAUUCAACGAACGAAUAUAUGUUUUAAUACUAUUUUUACAGUUUUAAAAUUGACAGACGACGAAUAGAAAAAGAACUUGUUGAUAUGAAAAAUUGUUUGCGAACUGUUUUAUAAUUUAAUACUAAUGCUCAAAAAUGUAUCUAUUAGAUAUUGUAAUUGCAUUGAUUUUUCAAUGAAAUGAGAUAAGAGAUUUAUGUAGAAAGAAAGAAUAGAAACAUGCUAAAGCUGAUAAUAUGAAUAUAUUUGAUUUAAGAUAAUUAGUUUGCUAUGUGUAUGAGGAUCUCAUGUCAAAAGACUGAGUAGAGAAAUUAAGUUAGCAUGUUGUUUAAUCAUUAGCUUGUUGAUGUUUUUCUUUCUUAAAUUAAAAAUAGCGAAAUAAAAUAUCCGAUAAGUACACAGCAUAUAGCACAGCAUAUAGCACAAAUUUGUAAUUAUAUCUUAUGGAAGACUGCAUAUAAUUUAUCGAUUGAUGAAAGCAGUUAGUUUGUUGUCAUUUUAAAAUGUGUAAAUGUUAAAGAGAAUAUAUUUAUUUUAUCAUUAAAUUAUUUAUAAUUUAUUUAAAACAAAAAGAGCUAUACAAGUCUUUAUUACAUAGAAUUGAGAUCAAUACGUUUAAUAUUUCAAAUAAAUUUCUUUGUUUUAUAUACACUUUUAUAAAUUACUUAGCUUGAUCUAAAAGGAAAUCUCAUUUAUCUCAUUUUAAAAUUGCAUGCAAUUGGUUAGAAAGAAAGAAUAUUUCGAAAAGGUUAAGAAUGCGUUUAAAAUGUGCUCGUAAUAUUGAAAAUCUAUAGCUCAUGUAUUGUAAAAUAUAGAUUUUCAGUAUUGAUAUAUUUCAAAAUACACUUUAAAUAGCCAAAGAUAAGAAACAAUUAAGAAAACAAAAAUUAUUUAAAAUCGCAUGAAUAUCUAAAUAUCUCAAGACCAUAUAUUGAUUUGGUAGUGCGGGUGACUAUAUUGUGAUAUUAGUUCAAACUAUGAAAUAAAUGUUUUACUUCAUCUUUCAUAUUUAUUUCUCUUAGACUUGGUUGUACAAUAUGUGUUAUUUAAUAACUAUUUUUGUAAAAAAAAAA